AACGACACAAAUCUAUCCUUUAUCACUUAAUACUUAUCUUAGUCGCCUACUUAUAAAUAUUUCAGUGAAUCUUUUAAUUCUCUUCCCUUUUGAAGAGCAAGUCUAUCAUUAUGAGCAGCACGAUAAGAAAUGUAAAGGGCUUAGUGGUCCUUGUUACUGGUGGAGCAGGAGGACUUGGAAAAGGCACAGCCGAGCGACUGGUGAGAAUUGGAGCAAGUGUAGUAAUAUGUGACUUGCCAUCUUCGAACGGGCAAAACGUUGCUGACGAACUUGGAGAAAACUGCAUUUUUGUGCCUACUGAUAUCUCGAAAGAAAGUGAUGUCCAAGAAGCUUUAAGAAUAACGAAAGAAAAAUUCCACAAAUUAGAUGCUGUAGUAAACUGUGCUGCAAUACUUAAAUACAUACCAGUAUAUGAUUUCAAAAAAGAGGUUCCGCAUCCUUUAGAAGAUUUUAUGAAAAUCAUAAGCGUUAAUCUCGCUGGUUCAUUCAACGUCAUACGUCUUGCUGUUGGGCUAAUGGCAAAAAACCGGCCUGAUCAAGAUGGGCAGAAGGGUGUCAUUAUUAACACUUCAAGCUUAGCUGCCUUUGAUGGCAUGCCAGGUGUAUCAGCUUAUGGUGCUAGCAAAGCGGGAUUAAUUGGAAUGACUCUUCCGUUGGCCAGAGAUUUAGAAAGUGAAGGAAUUCGCGUCGUUACCAUAUCUCCAGGGAGCUUUGAUACUCCACUUGUUAAUGUUGUUCCGGAGGAAGAUAUAAAGGUAAUAACAAAAAGCAUACCUUUUCCUCAGAGAUUAGGGAAGCCAGAUGAGUAUGCACAUUUAGUUCAGACAAUCAUUGAAAAUCCCAUGUUGAAUGGAUGUGAAAUUCGAAUCGAUGCAGCAGCACGCUGUCCAUUCUUUAGAAACGACUAAAUGCAACUGCCUACUUUGUUGAAAUAAUAUUAUUGAACAGACUUUUCUAGUUUCAUACUGAAAUUAAUUGUUUCUGAUUAACAUCUCAUGUUAAAUGAAUGUGUUACUCGAAUAGAUAUAGAAUUAAACCUGCUGUUGUUAAGAAAUGAAGCAAUGUAAUUUUCCAGUAUGCUACAGAAAAUUAUUCUGUUUCAUACUGCAAUUUUUCUUUUGUCAUUAAGAAUAAAAAUGUGCAAAAUAUUAAUAAACAUCUUGCGUGUAUUCAGUGCAUAAAAUAGCUAAAUUAUCAGACAACAGAAUCGGAAGAAUAUGAAUCAUUAAAAUCUUUGAACUAUUUUAAUAUUCGCAUUUACUAAAAAAAAACAGUUUCUUCAAAAUAAGUAACAUAAUUUUUAAAGGUUAGGUGUAAUGUAUUAAGGUGUAAUGUCGUUUUUUAAUUAACUUGCUUCUUUGAUGAAGAGACAUACUUUUUCUUCUAUGACAAUGUUUCUAAAAUCCGCGGGCGUACUGAGUUCAUCUUAAUUUUUUAAGCAACAUGAUGUUUAUAAUAUCUUGUUUCUUUCGCUGACGAUAAAAGAGAAUAAAAGUAUUAUAUUUUA